AUGGGUAGUCCUAUCUUGGGGGAUCUGUGCGAACUAGUCUUACGUAAGUUAGAGGAGAGAGUCUUAGUAGGCUUACAACACAAUAUCCUUAGCUAUACGCGGUAUGUAGACGAUAUUUUAAUCAUAUGGAAAACCAAGCCUGAGAUAAGAGAGGUGUUAAAAGUUUUUAACAGCAACGCUUACGGCCUAACUCUAGAAUUAGAUCAGGAAAGUCACACAGAGGUUAGGUACUUGGAUGUCAAAAUAAGUAUUGCGAAUAAUAAUUUAAACACGUCUAUUUACCGCGAGCCCACAUACAUUCCCCUCUUUAUACCAGCUAACUCAGCAGACCCUUGGCAGUUUAAGGUGGCGGCUUUCCGGGCCCUGGUUGCUAGGGCGUUCACCCAUUGCUCGGACACUUCUGAUACAUAUAACGAACUGAAACACAUCAAGAAUAUAGCAGCUGCUCACGGGUACCAACAGUCCUUAAUAAACAAGCUCGCUGCCAACCAGCUAGCUACGAUAACUACCACCGACACGAGGCUUAAUGAUGCAGAGCGCAAGCAGGUGGUUAUAACUUACGAACCAUCACUCCAACAAAUUUAUAAUAGAAUUGCUAAGGAUUUAAACUUGCGCGUAUCUUAUAGGAGAAAACAGAACAUUUUUAGAAUCUUAUCUAAUGCAAAAGACAAGUCCGAGGACAGGAAAGCGCCAGGAGUGUACCGCAUUCCAUUGCAAGACAGUCGCUUCAAUAGACGUAUAACGUACAUCGGGUCCACGUAUCGGUCUCUAGAGGCUAGGUUGUCUCCUUCCGCCUCCAUUCCAAGUCCAAAAGCCUACGACGCAACUGCUCACACGAAAACUAACAUAACAGCCAUCGAAAUUUCCGUGUCCAGAAGACAUGGUGAUGUCAAUCCUGACAAGGCAUGA